UUUACUGUAUUUUUUUUAAUGUGUUAUGUUGCUCAUUUAAGUAUCAUGUUCGUCUGUUGCUCGUUUAAGUAUUACGUACUCGAUUUUUUCUUGUUUACAUACUCGUUUAAGCUUUUUCUAAGGUUACUUUAAUGUGUUUUUUUUUAAUGUGUUUUGUUGCUCAUUUAAUUUUGUUUACUUAUUUAGGUUGUAGUUUUCUUAUUAGCUCAUUUUUUAAGAGUAAUUUGAUGACUUAAGAUUUAUUCAUGCAUCAUGAGUGCCUAGUCCACUAUGAAAGUGAUAAUAUUGAUCAAAGAAACCAAAUGUUUUGUGAAAUUGCUGAAAAAGAAUUAUUUUGCAAAAGCUUAUUUGCAAAGAAAGAUGUUCAACUGUUCUUUUUCCCGGUUUAUCAAAAUAGUCACUAUUUUUUGGUAUGUUUUAAUACAAAUACACUGCAUGGGACAAUGGAGAUUAUAGAUUGGAAUGAAGGCAAUGGGCAUUACAACAAAUUUCUGAAAAAUUUGGUUAGCAUUGAUCCUAUUCUUUUCAAAUUUUUUUUAUAUUUACGUAUUAAAUCCUCUUUUUUUUUAUUUUUGUGUGUUUCAGAAAAGUGUUUUUUCUUGUCUUAUGGACUCUAAACAUGUUUUGUCCAAAGAAGUUAAGAAUAUGGCCACUGCUUCUAUUGAUUUCACUUGGAAAUCUGCGGAUGAAAAGCAUGUUGAUUGUGGUGUUGUAUUGAUGAGACACAUGGAGACUUAUAUGGGCUCCAAGGUUUGGGAUUCUGGUUUGAAAAAGAAUGAUUUAACCAUCAUUGAAAAGCUUCGGAUGAAACAUUGUCACUUAAUCUUAUCAAGUAAAGUUAAUGGUGCAGAUUUUGCUAGCCAGUCAACUAAAGGAAUGUCAAACAAAUCUCCAAGGAAGAAAAAAAGCUGAAAAUUAGUUUUAAUUGGAAUUCUUUUAAGACUUAGAACUUGUAUAAAGCUUAGAACUUUUUACAUUCUUAUUUUAAAUCUUAUUAGAACAAUAGAACUUGUAGUAUCACUUUGAAUAUGU